UUGAACUUGAUCGUCAUCGGCGGGCGCGGGUGCGGGAAGUCGAGCGUGUGCCGACGGUUGGCGGCGGCCGACAAAAGAUUUAAACACAUGUCGCUGGACGACCUCAUAGUGUACGAAGCCGGCGGCGCGUCGAUACCGGCGAUCGUGGACGAGCGCGGAUGGCGUGGAUUUCGUGAGCUAGAGUUUGAGGUGUGCGUGAAAGCGGGACGCGCGUUCGAUGGGUUCGCGCUGAUCGACGCCGGGGGCGGGGUCGUGACGGAUUUGGACGAAAACGGAGAGGAGGUGUUUUCGCAACGCAAGGUGGACGCGCUGAAGGCGAAGGGGGGAGUGAUCGUGUUUCUCGAUCGAGACGUGGAUUAUUUGAUCGAGAGGAUCGCGGGUGAUUCGAACAGGCCAGAUUUGAACGCGUCGAAGAGUUUUCGGGAGAUUAUGGAGCGACGUUUGCCGUGGUAUAAGAAAGCGGCGGAUUUCAUCGUGGACGGAGGCGGGAACGACGCGAACGAACGACCGUUGGUGAAGAAGAAGCGCCUCGCGAGUACUAUAGCGGCGUACUACUACGCGCAAAGCGGUGUGGAACCUUUGGCCGACCAGUGGUUCCAGUUGGACGUGGGCAAACGGAAUUGA